UAUGCAUGGUUGGACCCCCAGGUACUGGCAAAACAAUGUUGGCAAAAGCUGUAGCUACAGAAUGUGGUACAACAUUCUUCAAUGUCACCUCUUCAACAUUAACUUCUAAGUAUCGUGGUGAAUCUGAGAAACUUGUCAGGCUACUGUUUGAAAUGGCUCGAUUUUAUGCUCCAAGUACAAUUUUUAUUGAUGAGAUUGACUCGAUCUGCAGCAAGCGAGGUUCAGACAGUGAACAUGAAGCUAGCAGACGAGUCAAGUCAGAGCUGCUCAUACAGAUGGAUGGUGAGUCAAGUAUUAUGUGCAAAAACUUUCCAAAACUAAACCUAAGGUAUGACAAAAAAAAAAAACCUUUGAUAAAAAGAGAUGGAAGAAAGCUUAUUUUGCUUUUUGGGAAAAAAAAAACUCAAAGUUAGAAAUUGUUUGUACUAUGUCAUAAUCAUUCAUUUACAUCCAAAAUAAUACUUUUGAAGCGUUUGAAACUGUUUAUGUUUGCCUAACAACUACUCUGCUUCAAAAUUUAUAUUUUCUGAGAUAUUUUCCUUGUCUCCCUCCCUUUCUCUCUCUCCCUCUCCCUGUCUCAGUUUAGAGGUUUUCCCAUUCCUUUGAUGAAUUUUCCCUUUUUUUUUUUUACACUGAGACCAAAAGAAG